AUGGAAAGUGAAUAAAUGUGUAAGAAUCAUCCAAAAUAAUCACUUAGUUGGAUAUGUUUAGAAAGAAAUUGUUAAUAAAGAGUUAUGUGUUCAACUUGUGCAGUAAAAUUGCAUGAUCGAAAUCAUAAAUUAGAGGAAUUAUAUAAUAUAUAUGAGAAUGGAUGUUUAGCUACUUAUUUUAGUAAUAAAAAGAAUUCAACAGCAGGAUUAUUAUAAUUAGUAAAUGGAGAAUAAGAUUAUGUUUUUGAGAAUGAAUAAUAUGAUGAUUAUUUAUAAGAAGGAAUUGAAAGAUGUUUAAGAAAUGUUUCAAAAAAAAUAGAAGAAAAUAAAACAUAAUUAAUUUAAUAACAUGAAUAAUUAAAAGAAGAUAAGGAAAAUGAGAGAAUUAAUUUUAUUGCUUAAUUAAGUGAACUUGAUGGAUAAUUAAAGUCAUCUUUAAAUUUGGAAACAGAUAUUGAAAAUGCAUUUUAAUAAAUAGAAUUAUUUGCUUAAAAAAGAGAAUUAGAGAUGUCUAAUAACAAAGAAAGUGCUAUAUUAUUAAAAAAAAUUCGUUUAUUAGAAUUAAUGAAAGAUAACUUUUUAAAAAUGAUUAAGUCAUAUUUUCAUAAUUAAUUUACAGCUGAAUUUUGUCAUUUAUUUGAUAUGUAAAUAGAGACUUUAAAUGCUAGAGAAGUAGAUGAUGUUUAAGGCUUUUUAGAUUAUGUAGAUUCAAAAUGGAAAUAAGAUUAUAGAAAUAUUUAAUUAUCUAUUGAAAAAUUUGUAGGUCGUCUUAAUGAAGGUCUUAAGUAUUGUAUAGGAAUGCCAUUAGAAAAUCAGAAUAAAUAAUAUAUUGUUAGAUCUCCAAUGAGAUAAUUUCCUAUUAAUAUCCAAACUCCAGCAUAUCAUUAAUUUACUUCACCAAAACAAUUAGAAUUCACCAAAUCAUAAGUUAUAUAUGAGGAACCAAGUUAGAGAAAGAACAUCAAAAUUGAACCCGUUAGUUAGAGUCUUUAAUAGUAUUAGUGA